UGUCAGUAAAUAGUAAAUUUAAUUAAACCCUCAAGACCAAUACCAUAUCAAUGAUCGAAUUUGGCAUUUGACAAUAACCAGGUCGAGCACAAACGAAAAGACCAUGAAUCCAAAAUAUCAACCUUGAAGUUUCAGUGCUUCACGCUAGAAGCUAUCCAUUACACUCUCCCCACUUUCCAAUUCUAAUCCUCAGAUUCUCCUUUUUCUUACUAUUUCAAACUGAAAUCCCUAAAUUACCUACUCAAACACUGGCUAUGAUGCUUCAUCUUCUUACUGCGUCGAUGCAACUUCGCGCUUCUCCCCAAAAGGUUUGGCAACAGCAAUAAAUCUCACCUCAUUAUUAGUCGUUUCAUAGAUUUUUGCUUGAUCUCUAUCUGCGAUAAUCUCCAGUCAACAUAUUUCUAGGGUUAGGGUUUGUGCAUCGGUAGGGUUUCUCGCUUUUUUCUAAGAUCCUUUUGGGAAUUACCUAAUUCGACCAAGAGGGUAUUUAGGAUUUGCGUUUGUUUAUUGAAUUAAGCAUGCAAUAUAAUAGGCGGCGCGAGGAAGAGCACGGUGUACCGCACCGAUUCGAAUCGGAACCCGACCCAUUUCGGAGAAACCGACGAGAUGGGUCGGAUUCGGCACGGCAGAGGAAGGUGAGCCCUCUGAAGGUGGAUGGGGUGAGAAGGGUUGGUGGUGGUGGGAACAAAGGGGGUUCUGAUGGGUUUGAAGGGAGGGACUAUGAUUGGCAGCAUGUGGGUGGUGGUAGAAGGAGUGCUAGGGUUCGGUCAAGGUCACCUCCUGCUGAACCAGUGAGGAAAAGGUCACAUUUUGAUGAUGGGGUUGGCCAUAAUAGAAGUUGCUCACCACCACAACCACCACCACCAGGCUUGAGAGCAAGAUAUGAGUUGUCAAAAACCACGGAUUACUCUGUUGAUGAUGGAAACUUGGAUGGAAAGCGUGUAUACCUUGAUAGAGAGCAGGACUUGGUUGAGGGCAGGUUGGGUGGUAUGGUGGAUCAGAAGUUUGUGGUACGUGAAAAUGAACUUGGAGGAUCGUAUGGAUAUAGGUCUAUUCCACCGGAUAUGGAUGUAAGUGUGACAACACGGUACAAAGAAGCUGGUGAGCACUUGCCUCUACUGCCAAGGGGUGUGCCGGCGGGUAGAUUUGAGCAUGGGCGACUACAUCACAGAGAUGGUCCACCUAUGGACAAGAUGCCCAUCACAGAAUCACACAGUAGGGCGGAAAAAACUAUAGUUCAUGCUAGGGAUGUUUCGUAUUCUGCUGUAUCUCCCUCUUACGCAAAAGAUUUUGCAGGCCCUUCUCACAUGAGGGAUUAUGGAGACUCCUCCAUAGAAAUGUCAAGGGGUGAUUUUCUAUGUUCACAUGGUGAUGGCAUCUGUUUACCUGCAUCUUAUGAUCUAUCAAGGAACAGCAGGAAACUUGCAGAACCUGUAGGGUUUAGUGGGCAUGGGCAAAGGGCAAUUAUAGACACUGCUAGAGGUCCUGAAAUUGGGCUAAGGAAUAUGGCAUGUCACCAACGAUGUGAGUUUAGUCCUACCAGGACUGAGCAUGAGGAUUAUCUUAAUCACAAAUUACAGGUAAGAGCAGCACAGGAUGAGUUAUUAUAUCAGUAUGAUGAUUUACCUAGAAGGAUAGCUCCUCAUGGCCGAUUGGACUAUGAGCAAUCUGUAACAGAAUAUGAUAAUAGGGAAUUUUCCAGACCUUGUAUUCCACAUCCAGAUUUAGAUAGAACUGGUAAGAGUGAAGAUUCUUAUGGCAAUCAAAGAAGGGUUAUUGUACAUGAUCACCCUGCAUUGCAGAAGCCAAAGUAUUUUGACUAUCAUGAUGUGAGAAGAACAUCAAUUGCAUCGAUGCAAGGUGAGGCUUAUUUGCGAUCUGGAUAUAAGCAUCUUGAAAAUGGGAAGAGUAUUCCACAAGACUAUGAAGUUUCACAUAUGGGUGCACCUGAGGCUGAUCGAUUACCAAUUUUAAGAACAGAAUAUGAAUCUCGAAGAGAUAGAGGUCCUGGGCUCCAGCAAGAAAGAUUUCAAAGUCCACCUUUGUCUAAACAUAAUUCAGAAACCUACAGACAAGGUGUCAAGGUGCAGGAAAUGAGACAGGAUCUUGGUAUUCAUGAUCAUUCAGAUAGACUUAUGAAAAGAAAAUACAAUCCAAAUGAUGAAAUAGAUGUUCAUGAUUUGAGAACAAUAAAAUCAAGUAAAUGGGGUGCAACUGAAGAAUUUCAAGAUGCAUAUGAAUGUGAAGAGUGGGUAGAUGACCGAGAUAUGGAUAUGUUGUAUUCAUCUGGUAAUGUUGAAUUUAACCCUAAGAUAUACAGGAAGUAUAAGAAAGAAUAUGACGAGUUGGAGAAUGAAGAAGAUUUUCCAUCUGAUGAGUGGGUUAUACCUCAAGGUUCUAUGGGACAUGUACAAAGGCAUUCAUUUCAAUUUCGGAAGUAUUCCAAUCAAAAUAUAAAGCAUCACUCAAAGUCUAGUUCUUCAAACUGGUAUAAAUCCCAGCAUUUUUCUAAGAGAAAUGCAAUUCAAAAGCAGCCUAAAGUUUGGAAAAAGUAUCAUGGAUAUGAUGAGAAUAAGCAUGCAGCUAAUGAUGAAUCAUCUGAAGAUUGGAUAAGUGCUGCAGAAUCUGAGCCAACUGAGGGCUCUGAGGAAUUUAAUCAAAUGGUACAUGAAAAUUUCUUAAUGUACUCCAAGAAGUUGAAUCUGAACUUAUAUGUGCAAAGAAGGUACGAGGACCAGGGAAAAGCGGGUAGUUUGUACUGCAUCGUAUGUGGCAGAAGCUCGUCGAAAGAAUUCAUGGACACUCAACGCCUAGUAACUCAUGCUUUUAUGUCCCAUAAGGCCGGGUUGAGAGCAAAGCACUUGGGUCUUCACAAAGCAGUUUGUGUUCUGAUGGGAUGGGAUACUGUUGUUCCUCAAGAUACAGUAACUUGGGUUCCCCAGGUCUUGCCUCAGGCAGAGGCUUUGGCUCAAAAGGAGGAUUUGAUUCUUUGGCCUCCUAUUGUUAUCAUCCAUAACAUAUCGAUGUCUGAUGACAAUCCACAAAACUGGAAGGUUGUAAGCAUGGAAACAAUUGAGGGAUUUCUAAGAGGCAAAGGUUUUGUGAGAGGAAGAAUCAAAUUAUGCUUAGGGAAGCCUGCAGAUCAAAGUGUUGUAUUGGUGAAAUUCCUUGGCACGUUUGGUGGGCUGGGAGAUGCAGAGAGGCUUCAUAAAUAUCUUUCUGAUAAUAAUCACGGUAGAGCUGAAUAUGAGAGAGUAAAGUCUGAAGGUAUUAAAAGCUGUAACAUUAGCGAGACAGAUGAGGGAGACAAAGUGGAGAAUAUUCUUUAUGGCUAUGUGGGAAUUGCGGAGGACUUGGACAAACUAGAUUUCAAUAGUAAGAAAUGGAGUAUGGUAAAGAGUAGGAAGGAGAUUGAUGACCUGGAUAAAGCUCCUGUUAAAACCGAUGAGAAGCGAUAGUUACAGUGUCAUUGUCAUUGAAGAUCGAUUCAGGAGUUUCAUGGUCCCUGACGCUUAAUAUUGAGUGUUCUAAUUGCAUAAUCUCUUUUUCUCUAUGCUUUUGCUAGUAGUUUAUGUUAUUUAUAUAGUUCAGGAACUGGAAUUUGAUUUAAAAGUCCUUGUAAGAGAUAUAUUUUCAGUUUCUGAAUGUUUUGACUGAACUUGACCAAAGCUGAUGCAUAAUCCUGAGCUUUUGUAAUGAGCAAUAUAGGCUUUUGUUAUAAUGAUUGAUCAGGAUGAAUGUCACCAAUGUUCUGAAAUAAUAUUUUAUCAAACUUUAAGGGUGAGGGUAAGCUGUUUUUAUA